AUGGCCCCCAAGGAGACCAAGGAGACCACGGGCGUACGUCAGGCUGAGAAGAGCCGUGGCAAGACGACACCAAGCAGGCGGACGCCAGGCUCAGAACAGUCGUGGCAAGACGACACCAAGUUCAGGACAGCCCUCUACAUCAGCAUCUGCAUCCGCAUCAGCGUCGAUGACAACGGCGACAAUAUCAAUAGCCAAACAGCCAACUACAUGGGCAAGUCGAGCUUGAGACGUGAGCUGGUCAAGCUAAACGAAGCAGCAAAGAUAUGGCCCAUCUAUGACUUGGACUCCAGCGAGUUUUGGCCCGGAGGGGGCCCGGCAGGGCUGCCAUAUUAUCUGUGCAAGAUCAUGGAGACGGCGGCCAUCCCCGGCGCGAUUGUACUGGUCAGCGCUCACAAGCUCCUGCGUCAAGUACUGUUGCUGCUAGGUGUGAAGUACGUCAGCGUAUGCCCUCCCGGAAACCCAGGGACCCAGGUGUGCAAGGAGGCCAAGCGGAAGUAUCUGGAAAGAGAGGAGACGAGACACCCCGAGGACAAAGCCCUGUACGCAAUGAAGAAAUACUGGGACCCGUGGAUGGAGAAUGAAAGGAAGGAGAAGAGUCUCUCACGCACAGUCGUCCUCGAGAAUAACGAGUUCCUGAGCGACCUCGUCAACAGGGAACUUGAGGGUUGGGAGAAGGAUUGGAAAGGGGGCGGCACCAAGAGGUAUUGCGUACAGGUAGGCACUUAG